GCUAUCCCAAAAUUCCCACCACCAAGCUCUUCGCCGAGUCCACGACAAACCCCUGAAUCCACGAACCACCACUAACAAGUCCAACACAAUGGACGCCGGCGCAUCGAUCCUCGCAUUCCUCACGGCCGGGCUGCAGUCCGCCAAGCUCGCCUACGACCUCGUCUCGGCAAUCAAGGACGGCCCGCAAAGGAUCCGCGACCUAAAAUCCGCACUUGGCCAUCUCGUCACCCAGUUGGGCUACCUAGAGGCCGACCCUUCCCUGGUACCGCAGAAAGACGCUGCCAUCAUCCAAAAGUGCCGCGACAACCUCAAGCAGAUCAAGAUCGAGGUUGAGAAGCUGUGCAUCUCAGAUGAGGAUGGGAUGCUGAGGCGCAUGUGGAAAAAGAUGAAGCCUGCGCUCAGGGAGAAAGAUAUUGCGCAGAUUCUGGCCAAGGUGACUGCUCAGACAGCUACCAUCGGAGUUUACGCUAUCGUGGCGCAGUCCAUUGCAGUCAAUGAGAUCCACACCCAUCAGUCCGAGUUCCACAAGGAGAACAGGGCCGCUCUUGGCAAGCAGUCAACAGAUAUUAUCGGCAUUGCCUCACACCAAGUCACGAUACACGACACAGUGAUGGGGAACAAAAGAGUCCUCGCAGAUAUCGUCGCGUGCCAGACAACCACUCAAGCAACCCUGCAUCAACAACAAGCGUCACUUGGCGAGUCUGCAUCACGCCAAGGGAGAUUCGAGAGCACAAUUUUACGAGACCUCGAGGUGCUUCUGUCCAACACGGCUGAAUCUAGGGCGAUACUGGACAAGCUGUCUGCCUUGGCAUCGAAGACGUCCACUUCCAGUAGCUAUGAAGACGCCAAAGCUCAAGCUGAGCUCCAGGCCUCCAUCGCCACGUUGAAAAGGCUUGUUGACAAGAAGAGCCAGGUCGUCUCAGGCGAGAAAAGUAACUCAAUCAGGCAGGCCAUAACCAGCAUUCUUCAAUUUUUAAUCAGAGAGGCGAAAGCGGAAUCAUAUGAUCCCGGCGCGUCUUAUCAAACUCGCGCGGAAGACGCCACGCAAAUCUUGGAGCAGAUAAAAUUCCACUUCGAGAAGCAGCCGCAGGGCCACCUUGCGCUGGAUACGCUGACAAGACUCAACCCUGCAUCCAUGCGAGCGCCUUCACUCAUCGGAGAAAAUCGAAUUUGCGAGGGCAGUACGUCCAUGGAAUUCAACACGCAACAUGCCGAUCUUUAUAUCAAAAGAAGUCGGUUCACGUCCACAUCCAACAAGAUACACGAUGAGCAAGACCAGCAACGAGAGCGUCAAGUGGGCCAUCGCCAUACCGAGGUGCGAUCGGAAAUUGCCAUCCGGAGUCGUUACAACGAGUCAACCGGCGGUUUUAUUCUGAAAGCGUCCGUUGUGGAAGCCCUGAACUACUAUAGUGGGGCCCGAGUCGUGUUGGCGCCGAUAGUAGCAGUUCACCGCGUCGUUCCGAGCUAUUCCGACGUCUUCCAGUCGAUCAGGGAUGGGCGGCUGGACAAACUCAUCAGUCUCAUCAGCGACGGAAAGGCAUCUCUCAAGGAUAGAGAUGAAUUUGGGGCCUCUCUCCUUCACUACGCAUGCGAAGUGGAUUCUGCAGAUAUCUGCAAAUUCCUUCUCGAGCACGGAGCAGACCCUAAUGACGAGACAAGUAUUGCCAGAAAUCCUUGGCUGUGUAUAAUUAGGGGGAUUUCUACAACGGGUCACACUCCGCUUGAUCUCCUCGGGUCACAUAACUUAUUCAGUGCCACGAGCCAUGACAAUGCCGCAUUGUGUGUCAAAUAUUUAGUUGGGCAUGGGGCAGUAGUUGAAAGCGAUGCCCUCCUGCUCGACGCUUUUAGGCUCCCAUAUGACCAGAAUCACCUCCAAGCCGUCCUGUGCGCCGCAUCCUCAACCAUUGACAUCAGUCGGCACCGUAUUCUAGGACGAAGCUUGUUCUCGAUUGCUUCUGAGGGUUACCACCCCAGCCCUUCAACAUUCCGGGUUUUAGUGGAAGCGGGAGCCAGCGUCAAUGGUUUAUUCAGCGAUGAGCCACCGCCUUUGGUUGUCACUAUCGAGAACAUGAUUCGGGGCCGCCAGAAGUGCCGUCGAUAUCUUUCCCACCAAGACGCUGUGCAAACGAUGAAGUACCUGAUGGCACAGGGAGCCGAUGUUCACGCGACGUGGCAGGGGCGAAGCUGCACAGCGAUUGCAUACGGGGAAGAUGACGAUACCUCGAGUUACAUUGGGGACGUCUGGGACGCAGCACUAGCGUCGACAGGCCACGAUGUUGAGCAAUUCAGGAGACAGGAGCAGCAGCCGCAUUCUCCGCGUUUCUGGGCCAGCCUACACCCAGCAUGGCGCCGCCAGUCGUCGUACAGGCUGGCAGACUUCAGGGACAUUUGGGAGGGGGUGGAGCAUCUAUGUCCCUACUACGAUCAGGUCAUGUCGGCUGGAGAGGGUAAAAUCACUGUGGUCGGGGAGGAUUGCGGUCAAUAUUGGUGUCCCGGCCACAGAGCUGAGGUGGAAGAGCUAGAAGACUCGAGCUCGGAAUGGGAGACAGAAUCAGAGGCAUGAUCUACGUAGCCUAGGCUGCCUAUGACCUAACCGAUGGGGAGAACAGCCACGUCGAGCAAAGACGCUGGUAGGCCAUGGGCUGUGCUGUGCUCCCAUGUGGUUACAAAGGGAUGCGACGUACCAUUACUACGCUACAAGCUAAAAUAUAACAUUCAAUGCAAAAACCGUUAUGAG